AUGGCGGACGAAACCCCCUUUACGGCCGCGCCAGUAUCGAAACCGGUCAAGCGGUGCGACUUCACGAAAUAUCUACCCGUAGAAUUACUGGCAGAGAUCUUCAACCUCGUCCGGGACGACAGUGCCGAUGCGGACUGGCAAACAAUCGCUUGGGUCGACAGUCGUUGGAGAGAAAUUGCUCUGGGCGAUGCCAACUUGUGGACGAGGUUGUCGUUGACCCACCGGCACACCCCUGCGGACAUUAUGGCGUUGCUUGGGCGUUCCGGAUCCGCGAUGGGUCUGGACCUGACUCUCCAUGUAACCAGUCGCUUUUCCAUCGAGGACGCCGAGUGGAUGCUUUGGUCAACACUAGAACCAGGUACAUGCGAAAGGAUACGCAAGCUGGCGAUCUACAUUGAGGGCGCAUACAACGUGCCCUUCGACAUGUUCUUACGAGACUUUCGGGGCCCCAAUCUCGAGAGUUUGACUUUCGAAUACUGCGACGAGGAGCAAGCCGACGACGGCAGCAAGACGGAACGCGGCAGCGAGAACGAACCGCAACUCGUCGACAGGCCCCAGGAGCCCAUUGAAGAGAACCCCGAAAUUUUCGGGAUGCUUCCCGAGCUGCCGAAGCUGCGGGAGCUCCGCAUUCGGGGGAUGUUGAUCCUCGCACCUCCGAAGACGCUCGCGCAGCUUACCACCCUGGAGGCAAGCAGCAGCAGUGGAUUCCAGUGGCUUGAAGCCAUACGUCCGGGCAUGGUGGAUGACUACAUGCGGCGUCUUCUCACGCCGUGUCAAAAUCUGGAGCGGCUCUUCCUCACAGACUUCCUCGCAGGCUUCCUUUACGACCCCGAGCGGAUCGCGCUGCCCGCCCUGCAGCACCUCGAGGCUUUCCACGGGUCCCCCGCGGCGGCCGUUCUCUACAAUCAUCUGGAAAUACCCGACACCGCGGCCGUGCAUCUCUGGACAUACCUCCACGCCGAAGGUUCACCACCAUCAUCCCCAGAGUACAUGCUGCCGUUCGCAGAGGUUGUGGACCGCGACGUCUGGCGCCCUCCCUUCCUCCAACACACCAUCACGCUCGCCUUCCACGCAAUCGCCAACCAGUCCGUCCAGGGCUGGCCGACCCCCUGGCCCGCCGGCGCGCCCGCCUGGUCCUAUGCGGGCGCGAUGGACGAGCUGGACGCGCGCACGCGGCGCGCCCUCCUCCCGCACGCGCUCCGCGACCUCCCGCGCACCGUCGAGGCCCCGCGCCGCAUCGUGCACCUCGAGGUGCACAUCCACUACACCAUGGGCACGGCCCUGUGCGCCGCGGACUGGCGCGGGCUCCUGCGCGCGUUCCCCGCGCUGCGCGUGCUGCACGUCGGGGGCGUGGGCGCCGCGCACUCGCUUCUCGCGGCGCUCGCCGCCCCGCGACGGCGCAGCGCGGACGAGGAGGGAGCGGAAGAGGAAGAGGCGGCCCCGCAGAGGCGCGACAGGCUCCCGCGCCGCCUGCAUGAGCUCGGGCUGUGUCUGGACUGGCUGGAUGAGGUGACGUGCCAGAACAUCAUGCUGCAGCUGCCCAGGCAUGUCUUGCCUGUGUUGCGGAUUCGCCUGCCGGAGGAGGCGCGUUGGGAGAAGGGCAGGCGGCGGGUGCGGGCCCAUGCGCUUGCAAUCGGCUUCGCGGCGGUGAUGGAGGAGCGUUGGGGGACGACGGUUUGGGUGGACCAUGGCGAGCGGUGCGAGACCUGCCAGUGUGCCGAGGAUCCGGCGUGGGUGGAGGAGGAUGCCGUCGAGUGGGAGGGGGAAGACGAGCCUGAGUCUGAUCAGGAGGUCGACGUGGGCGUGCCCGAGGGUGAGGAGGACGAUGGGUGGAUGCCACAGGACCCGGACGACUGGAACGCGUCGAGUGGGGACUGGGAGUAUUUUGAGGUGGAUGAGACCGACGGCGCGUUUUCGGACGCCUUGACGGCGGCGGCGGAGCAUGGGCAGUGUGAAUACUGUGCCAGGGCUUUCUACAAGGGCGAGGACGGCGGAGAGUCCACUGCUUCCUACGAGACGAACGGUGCAAAGACAACUUAG